UCCCACUCUCCCCAAACAACCCAAAAAUCUCCCUACACUACGCUCCAUUCCCACUCCCAUACCUUCAUUUCCUCCCGCAAUCCUCGCCUUUCAAAAAAUAAAAAUAAAAAUAAAUAAAAUUAAUUAAUACUCAGCUCCCUCGUUCUUUUUGUUCUAGUGCGAGUGUACCAGCUGACUCGAGCUGAAUCCAUAAGCACUCGAUCUAAUGGGUAACGGAAAAACCUUGAUAGUGUCAUCAGUAAAAAUCAUUCUUAUGUCAACUGGAGUCCUCUCCAUUUCCAUCCUCCUCUUUAUGUCCAUGCCAACUUUCUUUUCUUCCGCCACCGCAACCGCCACCGUCGACCUUCCGUCUUUUGUUUCCACCCUCCGCUCUUGGCUCCGUCCACCUUAUCUUUACUUCAUCAUUAACGCUAUCAUUUUAGCCAUCGUAGCCACCUCCCGCCUCCACCACAACCACCAUACAAACCACCAUGAGGUCCAUCACGCGCCACCGCCUGCUUUCAAGUUGCCGAAUCAGCCACAACAUCAUCAUGAGAUUCAUGACGUUAUCUCGGUACGUGCUGAUCAUCAAUUCUCCCCAUACGGCGGCGGUGUUGUUUCCGUUGCGGAAGUUGUUGUUGAUAAUGUUGUUGGAGCUGGUUUCUACAACGACGUCGUUUCGGUGAAGGACGUUGAGGUUGUUGAGAGGGUGGUGGAGGAGAGAGAGAAAAGAGUUGUUGAGGAGGAUGUUGUUAUCAAAGGAACAAGGGUAGAAGAAGAAGAAGAGGAAUCCAUGGUUGUUAAACGAUCCACGUGGACUCCUCCGCCGUCGCUGACUCCGCAAUUGAAAAGGCAGGUGAAGUUUUCACCGGAGCUUUUGUCGGAGAAACCGCCGGCUUCUUCUAGAUUUGGUCAGCAUCGUCGCCCUGCUAAAGCUAAACCCUCUCUUGCCGAAGGUGGGAAGUCAUUGAAAGUAUCCAAGCCAAAGAAACAUGAUACCUUAGAAAGCACUUGGAAGGCCAUAACUGAAGGACGACACAUCCCUUUAACAAGGCACCUGAAGAAGUCGGACACGUGGGAGAAUCAGGACCGUCAAAUCGACUUGCUCGACGACUCUUUUCCACUCCCGGCGGUGGUGAAGAAGUCAGAGACGUUUCAUGAACGGACCAAUUACUUACCGCCACCACCACCGCCGCCGGCGUCAUUUGUUACCAAGCUGAAGAAGGAGCCAUCACUAGGUCAGGACGAGUUGAAUCGCCGAGUUGAAGCGUUCAUUAACAAGUUUAAUGAUGAGAUGAGGUUGCAGAGGCAAGAAUCCAUGCAACAAUUUAUGGAGAUGAUUAAUCGCGCUGCUUAAUAUAUUAAAUUUAUUAAUUUGAUCUUAAUUUCUCAAAAUAAAAUUAGGAUCGGAGUCUUAAUUAAUUAUUGUAAUGUUGUGUACAUUACUAAUCUUAUAGGGUUUGUAUUUUUUAUUUUAUUUUUGUCAUUUAUUUAGUUUGCUAAACACAAACCUAGCUUACUAUAAACAAAUACAGGAACUAUAAACAAAUACAGGAAAAAGAGAGAAGAAAAUUCUAUGUACAUACUCGUAUAAUACUACGUAGUACAAGUAGAAGCUACGGAGUAUAUGAUGUAUUCUUAGCUUUUCUUUUACUUUUUUUUUCUUUCUUUUUGCAUGAAAAAAGGACUAGCACCUUGUAACGUAAUUUUUCUUUCAUGUUGGACAGUUGGAAUACUGAAAUACAAGUAUAGUUUUUCUUCUUUUGUAA